AUGACAUCGUUCUUAUCCGAGACAACUUAUGUGGGCAUUAGUAUGAUGGGAAUGAGCUUUGGAAUGAACUUGGUACUUGGACAACACUUACCAUUCUUAAUUGGUAUACAUACGAUUGCUGCAACUAUAGUUGUGAUAUUGGUGUGUUGCUUGGAGGAAACGCCGAAAUAUUUGCUGAUCAAAAGGAACGACCGUGAAGCUGCACUAAAAUCACUCGAAUUCUACAGGGGAGCAACCGAUGAGAAUCAAAAAGUGAUGGAUAGCAUUGAGAAGGAGGCAAAAGAAGGCUUUGCAGCACCAUUCCCGGCUUCAAUUUCGAUCAUUCUCAGAACGCGUCAUCUGAGGCAAGCCUUUUUGGUUGGGUUUUGUUGUAUGCAAGUGAGUGAAUUUCUUACUUAUAGGGAGUAA